AUGAAGAACCAGCUCACCGUUUGUGGAAGGAUGGUGCUGCUCCAAGUGUUCCCGCUGCUGCAUUUGCUCCCCUGUCUUGGCUCUGUGAAGGUAGGAGAUCUCAUCUACUUAGAAUUAAGUCUCUUGGCUGCUUAAUGUUGUGAUGGAAAUGUGGCUGUGAAAAUGCAAUCUGGGCUGCGCAGGCAGGUUUGCGAAAGGGGUGGCAAAUGCUGCGGUCGGGGAAGAGUUGUGUUCAUUAUUUCCUUUCUCGUCAUGAGAAUAUAGCCAAAUUUAAGGGAAUCCUUAAAUAUACUGGGGGUUUUUUUUUGUAGACUGCAUGUCUUUCCCAUGUUCCAAAUGCUGCAUUAGAGACUUGCUCUUCCAGUGCUGGUUGAUUGUUUUAUGAUAAAUGGGUGUGUGGUCUGGACUCAGAAACUGAAAGUAUUAGGUGGGUGCUAGAAUGGUUAAAGGUAUCUAACUCCUCUGUCAGUAUUUUUACAAUGGGUGUUUGUGUGUGUGUGUGUGUGUGUGUGUGUGUGUGUGUGUCAGAUAGCAAAGGAGGGUGUUGCUCCCCAACAGUUGUGAGUUGUAGCAUCUUCAUUCAUGCUGGGCUAGGGUGGAGCUCCCUUAAUCAAGCCCAUCCCAUGCUGUCUGAAUUGCCAGCAUACUGACUUGCCAGUACAUACAGUGAAUGCAAAUCCGCUGGCUGUCUCAUUUGUUCCUUUGCAGCAGAUUCCCAGGUGCUGUAAUUUUGGUUUCCUUUGGUUUGCCUACCUAUACUAUGAGGAAUACAAUAGUUUCCAUUAUGAAGAGCUUUGAAAAAUUAAGACUCAUAGAGGUCUACAUCUUAAAAGUAGCAUUUCCAUGGAGAGAAGUAUUGUUUUAAACGCUCAUUCUUUCCUGAAGGUGCGAGAAUCCCAGGAGCAUAUUUACAGGGACUAGUUUUCUUUGGGCGAGAGAGAGCCCUGGAGCUUCAUAGCAUACAUACAAACAGAGCCUAUUGGAAACUAGUGGACUUCAAAAACAAGGCAGCACAACUAGUAAUCUUGCUUCAAAUUGCGAAGAAGAGCAAUGAGCUAACUCACACAUCUCUUCCGCCACACAUUGUCUCCUCUCCCUUCCUCCCCCUGUUCUGAUGGUUGUCACAUUCCAAAGGCUGGAGUGAGAUUCUAGUCCAUUAAGGAUCACUUUGGUUGUGUCGCUGGGUUUAUAAAGGGAAAUCAUAGCAACAGACCUAUUAAUGCUAGCAAGACAGCCAAACUCCAGUAAAACAAAACAGUAUUUAAAACCGAGUUUAUGCUUGAGGCAAUUAAAAAAUAACAACGCCGUGAAAUAUGCUAUUACUUCUACAAAGCCAAUCUGGCAUUUUGGAAAACUUUGAUUUUAGUCCACUGGAUAAUUCAAGAGGCUGACCAUUGAGGUGGAUUAUUUUGAGCAUUUCUAUCAUCAGAAGACCUUCCUAAGUAGACGACAUUGAUAGUGACCCGUAGUUUCAUCGUUUGAAUGCUGCAUCUCAACUCUAUGCACUCUUAUUUGGGUUUGGGAGCUGAAUUCAGGGAGGCAUGCAUACCUUUCCCUUUUCUUUCUGUGAAGCCCAUAAGCAGGGAUGCUCAUCUCGGUUUGACAUUUUAAUUGAACUGUCAAUGAUCCCAAGUUAUUUCCCCUCGAUAGAUACCACCAUUUCAGACCACAUCAGUAUAUAUGUGAAGUUGGAAUUUUGAACACUGAAAAGUUAACAUACCUUGGUUCUCAUUUUCCAUGUUGUCCAUUCAUUCAGUUUGGAGAGAUCUUUUUCUCUUUGCUGCUGCUUAUGUACAAAUGAAAUGGAAAUGGUACUUUAUGAAACAGGGAAAAUUGGGACAGGUGGUUUUGUGUUUGUGUGUGUUAAGUAUAUAGAGUCUGGAACUGUGAACAGUUCUUUGUCCAGUAGAUGGUAGUCAUAGAACAUUUUAAAGCUUUGCAAGCUACUGAGUUGCACCAGCAGCCAUUAAAUCGAACAUAUGGAGAUGAUACUGGAAAUUCAUAUGGAACAAAGACUUGAAACAAGCAGUGCAAUUUCAAGCAACAGUGGCUUUCAAAGCUAUGAAGGGUGUCCUUUCAGGGUUGUGUGUGGGACAGAGAGAGCUUGACACCUUUGGCUUGUUCUUCAGUGUCAAAUAAAUGACACUGAAUCAAUCAACCUUGGUAAUGAAGAAAAGACAGAAGUAAAAUGAUAUGGUUAUCUCUCUUCUUCAAAUGGGAUGCCAUUGCGCUCUCUCAAAGUCUUCUUGAAUCAGAUACAUGUCUCCUCCUUACUCAGUUAGCCAGAUUUUUGCUGGUCUCACAGCAAUUCCCCAGCAGCAUAGAUCAUUUCCCCACCUGAAGAAUCAGAAACAGUCCUGUCCAUCCCCAGGGCAGUGGGCUGCUCAAACAGACACAGAUUUGGGUUCAUUCUCAUAGGUCAGGGGAAUGGACUUAACCUGCUCAGCAGCUAUGCCCAGCAUAUCAUUGUUCAGAAUUAUAAUGACUUCUGCCCCGAGCAGCAGGUUGGAAUCCAACAAUGAGCUGACCAGCCAUAUGAGCUGGAUCAGCAGCACCAGAGUCAAAGAUGAUAAAGAGGACAUGAACUCCAGUACUCUUUAGAGCUGUACAAAUGAGGGAAUUUUGCAAGUGUAUUUUGUCAAUAUUAAAGGCAUCGGAAUAUUGUCCAUCUGUCUACCCUACCAACACCCUGCCUGAGUCUGUUAGCUACGGACCUCUCAAGUGAGUGACCCCUGAAUUGCUUCUUCCAGAGAUGAUGAUGAUGAUGAUAACAGUAAUAGUAAUUUAUUAUUUAUACCCCGGGCAUCUGGCUGGAUUUCCCCAGCCACUCUGGGUGGCUUCCAACAAAAUAUUAAAAAUACAAUAAAACAUCAAACAUUAAAAACUUCCCUAAACACUGAGCCUGCAGCUUCUCAAGAAACCAGCCCCCUUCACACCAAGGGACCCAGGCACCCUCAUGCCUGCCCAUCAGUGCGGUUCACAAGUUGGGAGAAAACUAACAGAGAAUUGCUAGGCUCUGGGCCAGAGGAAUGCCCCUUUAAGGCCUUCCACUCCUUGCAGAAGGGUCUCAUCCCAGGAACAAGAUAGAAGAUCAGUUGAAUCCUAGCCCUCCUUAGAGCAAGUUGCUCACUGGGAGCUCUCCAUGGUUCUGUGAGCCUGGACCCAACAUGCCCUGUGAGCUUCCACUCGUGGUCAGAUAGAGGAAGAACCGAUGUGCAGGCUGUUCUAACACUGCCUCUGAGAGGCUCCAGCAAAUCUCACAAGAUAAGUUUGCAUAAAUAUCCUGAAGCAUGUUCUACAAUUUCUCCUCACUGUUUCCCUCAAGGCAGUGGGCUUAUAUUGUGGGACAGGACUCUGGGCUCCAGAACAGUAUACUCAGCCCAUCCAUUUCUCUGCCCUGUGCUUGGACCUUAUUCGUUUUCCAGCCAACAGCCAAGAGAAGCAGCUUAACUGAGAUGUGCUUCAAAUUGUUGCCAUUUACUGGGGGCAGUCCCUAAUUUAUGGUCACAUUUUUUUUCCUUUAAGGGAUGUUCCAUUAAAAUUUUGUUUGUGUGAUUUUCCUGAAUGAUUAUACUUAAGGGUCUCUCCAGAUUCACUAGAACAUGUGUAGGGAACCUUCAGCCCACCAGGCCAUUUGGGGAGAAUCAAGUCCACCAUCCCCAUGCUUAAUGUCAUUUGAUGUCAGGUGCAAGAAAGCUCAAGCCAUGUCUUCAAAGGUAUAAUCAGGAGUGCAUUCUUUGCAGCUAAAAUUCAGGCCUUUUUGAAUUUGAUUUCCUUUCUGCUGCUUUGAGCACCAUCCCAGGCACAACACAAUAUUGGGCUGGAGAGGAGGGUUACAUUCUGCACUUCUGAGAAUGAUUCUAGCAGGUCCUUCUUGAUUUAGUGGAAGGGAAAGCUUUGUAGAAGCAUUUAGUAUUCUGCCGGGUCAAUGCAGGGAGGUCAGGGCAACAGGGAGGUGCCCUCUUUGGUGACCUGUUUUCUCUAAAAACAAUGGAGAGAAAAACUUUCCUAAAGUACUGAAACAAGUACCAAUGUGGACCAUUCAUUACUCUGUGAUAGGUACAACGAUUCCUCUUUCAGCUGCCAUCUGCAGCCUCUCUCCACCCCUUCUCCCUGCUCCCAGAGCACUUACAUAAACUCCAAGUAUGGAUGAGCAGCCUUUCAGCAGCCCAUGAGCAAAGCCCCUGCAGCCCAGCAAUUAUUCAUCUAGUUGCUCCUAGGCAGAAGUGCAAAUGGAUGAAAGUGCAAAUGGAUGACAGCAAGGAGGGAGGCAGGCGACCCUGCGAAUGCACGCGUGUUUCCACUGUGCUCUUAAUGGGCUUCACAGCAUUAGGGACAAAAAUCUAUGUUUAUUUUAUGGGAUAAUCAUCUCUGCAUGUUUGCUAUUCCUUCCUCCCUCCCCUCCCCCCCGCCCCCACUCCCCCUUGCAGGCUUUCUUGGGAUCCCAGCCUAGUCAGAAUAAUUUGCAGAACACAGGUAAGAAUACAGCAGAAAAUUACCGGUAAUUUAGGUAUUGUUAUUCCCUCUAAUUUCGUCUUUGUCAUUAUCAACAUUCUUUCUGCAACCAAAUCUGUGUGGUCCCAUGCUGAUCAGUUUGGAAGCAAACUGGAUUCUAAAGGGACAAAAUAUAUUAGUUUGCAAAUUCAAAUAAGGGUGGGGGGAAUUAAAUGGAAACAUCUUAGCCAGGCCUACGGCAUGUUGAGGGUGUUCGCUGGUUAAUAAAAAAGGGAAAUGUAUGUGUGUGAUGGGGAGACUGGCUUGCUGGAUAGAGAGAGAGUGUGUGUACCAUGAGAUUUAAAAGAUUCUUCCUUCCUUGAACUCUGUGGAGAGCCUUCAGGAUGGGAGAACAGAACAGGGAAGAGGUGUGUGCUCCCUUAAAUACUAAUCCUCCAUAGCCCCAAGAAUCCACUCCUAUCUCAAGGUCAGGUGAGCUGUGGCAGCGUUACCUAAUGAGCAGAACUACUUCUGCUCCCAGGCAGGAAGAGAAGAAGUUCUCAGCCUUGGGCUUCUCCGAUACAGCCACAAACCAGAGCGGAAGGCUUAACAAGAGUUCCAGUAGGCAAGGCACCGGUGCCUUGCAUUAUGCAAACGUUAUAUAAAAUAUGCAUACAUUUGCAAAAUUUAUGCAGGCCAGACAGUUUAGCUUUUCAUGGUGCAAAGCUUGGACCAGUUUUCCUUUUUCUUUUUUUCAACCCACCCACAGAAUAGUGGGCACAGGCUCAAGAGAGAACACUGACCUGAAAGUUCCCAAUGGAACCUUUACUAUGAAAAGGGGUAGAUAAGUGGGUGGAUUUAAAGAGACGGAGAACAUGAAUAAACAUAGUUGGGAGCGAUGGUGAGGGGUUUACUGGGGAGAAAGUGACAGCAGCUGUUUUCCCCACCCUACCCCAUUGCCCACCUCUUCUGAACAGGCUGCUUCCCUGUUCCCCACAAAGCCUCAAUUGGAAUGAUUAUACAACAUGAUGUAAUGUCGUUCUAGAGGCAUUAUUCGGGCUCUGGCGCGGGGGCCCACUGUUCCCCCCCCAAAAAAAAACAUGCCUCUGGAACAAUGCUUGGACCAUGCUACUGUCCAGAGUGGGCUGCCAUUCCCAGUACCUAGCAAUGCUUCUUGGAUGAUGUUAUGUCAUGAUCAUAACAUAGUGAGGCACUUCGAAGUGGCGAUGGUGAGAGGGCUCAUAGACGAAUGCCACUUCCAAAAAACAAAAGGGGAGCAAGAAAAACUGCUGCCAUCAUGUGGGCAGAGAAGGGCAACCAUGAUGACAAUGGGUCUGGAAAUCAAGACUUAUGAGGAACAGGUUAUAAAUAUAUAUUUGAAUAAUUUUGUUUAUAAAAAGAUAGAGUAAAAAAGAGAGAGAGAAAGAAAAGAAGUGAGUGAGGGGAAAAAAGAGAAAAAACACUGUUACAUUACCAUUCAUUAAUACAGUGGUACCUCAGGUUAAGUACUUAAUUCGUUCCGGAGGUCCAUACUUAACCUAAAACUGUUCUUAACCUGAAGCACCACUUUAGCUAAUGGGGCCUCCUGCUGCCGCCGCGCCGCCAGAGCACGAUUUCUGUUCUCAUCCUGAAGCAAAGUUCUUAACCUGAAGCACUAUUUCUGGGUUAGCGGAGUCUGUAACCUGAAGCGUAUAUAACCUGAAGCAUAUGUAACCUGAGGUACCACUGUAUACAGAUGUGUAUAUUGUUAUUAUCCUAAUGCCCACAUAAUUGUCAGUAACCUAAUACAUUCUGUGAAAACUCAUUCCAAAACUCAUUGUAUUUAUCCAAAGAAAGUCUGUGUCCAUAAGUUCAUAUGCUGCCAAUGUUGUCAAGCCAUUGAUUAAGGGGAAUCAUAUCUCUAUUCUUCCAGUUCGUCAGUUAUCAGUCUCCUGGCUACCAUUGGGGCAUGUGGAAUCCAUUUUCGCUAUCCUGUUGUCAAAUUUCCAUACAAUGGAAGAAAAUAUUUACCUCUGGAAUUCCCCCCUCCCAAUUGUGUCUUGUUUAUAUAGUUUAUAUAGGCCUUAUGAGGAAACAGUUGUGGGAGUUGGGUACGUUUAGCCUGCAGAAGAGAAGGCUGAAACGUGAUAUGAUUAGCCAUCUUCAGAUAUCUGAAGGGCUGCCACAUGGAAGAGGGAGCAAGCUUCUUUUUGGCUGCUCCAGAGGGUAGGACCCAAACCAAUGAAAUCAAAUUAUGAAAAACCAGAUUCCAACUAAACAUUAGGGAGACCUUCCUGACAGGAAGAGCUGUCCAACAGUGGAACGGACUCCCUUGAAAGGUGGUGGACUCUUCUUCCUUGGAGGUUUCUAAGCAAAGGUUGGAUGGCCAUCUGCCAGGGAUUCUUUACCUGUGAUUCCUCGGGAGGUGAACUUGAUUAUUCUUUGGCUCCCUUCCAAUCCUACAAGUCUUUGAUUAAACGAGUCUCCUCAAUUUCUUGAUGUUCUAAACACUUAAAAGUUUAUGGUGCCUCCCCAUGUGCCAUUCACAAUAAAAUCAAUACUAAACAGUCAAAUAAACUUUUAUUUUUUGAAAUGGCACAUGUAUGCAAAAAAGUAGCUCAUUUCAAAUUUUUCUAGAUGGCUACUUUGACACUUAAUAUAUAUAUAUAUAUAUAUCAAAUGCCAAAUUAUUUCAAAAGCACUCUCUUUUUUGGUGCCUCUGCUUUGCUGGUGCCCUGAGUCCAUGCUGGGUCUGCCAACUGAAUAACCCAGCACUGCCAAAGAAUAUUAGAAGAGAGUGCCGGAUCAGGCCCAUGGCCCAUCUAGUCCAGCUUCCUGUUCUCACAGUGGCCAACCAGGUGCCUCCUCUCCACCCCGCAAAUGGCUGAAAUGGCUCCGCAUUUUGCAGGCCACAGAAAGAAUGGGCGUUUUCAGCUCACCUCUACCUGCAGAUGAGGAGCAAACCGAAAGAUAAUAACUUGCCUCUGGCACUUCUGCCUACUGUAUUUUUCGCUCCAUAAGACGCACCUGAUCAUAAGAUGCACCUAGUUUUUAGAGGAGGAAAACGGGGGGGGGGGGAUUCUGAACGAAACAGUGGAUGUAUGAUUUUUGUGGUUCAUGCUGUGGCUACAGACAUGAUAUGUGAUUUGACGGUGAGUUUGGGGUAGCCCAAUGCAAAAAUCCUGAGAAUCCAUGUGGAUCCGCGCUUUGUAACCACAUUUUUGCGCCAUUGCGGCCCCACGAAACAGUGGAUGCAUGAUUUUUUGAUGCAGGCUAUAGCCAUGGACAUGCUAUGUGAUCUGAUGGUGAAUUUGGGGGGACCCGGUGCAAAAAUCCUGAGGAUCCAUGUGCUUUUACCUCUCUCCCUCCCAGGCAGCCUCCUUUAUAUCUAGAGUCCCUUAUCCCUCCCGAUUGCUUGCCGAUCAGCUGCUCAGCAGUUUUGUUUCAACACCCCCUUCCCUCUUUUUUUUAAAAAAAGCAUGAUCUGCUUUUCGCCCCUGGGCAAUUCGGCUCCAGGAACCACGCAUUCACUCCAUAAGACGCACAGACAUUUCCCCUUACUUUUUAGGAGGGAAAAAGUGUGUCUUAUGGAGCGAAAAAUACGGUAAGUUGUUCCCAGAGGCAACUUAAGCCAAGUUUUUCUUUUUCUCUUCUGCUUCCAGUAUCUGGUGCAUGUGAGAUGGAGCCCUUAGGAUAUUACAACGGCUCGCUGUCUGUGACAUUGUCUGGGUCGGCAUGCUUAAACUGGUUGGACUUUCCUGAUUACGUUCAUCAGUAUCCAAACCGGGGCUUAGGGAAUCACAACUACUGCAGGAAUCCGGAAGGUGGCGCCACGCCUUGGUGCUUCUACCAACUUGCCUCUGGAGCCGUAGGCUGGGCCAACUGUGACUGCAGCCAAGGUGAGUACCAAGUGUGUCGCUGCCACUGACUCUUCUAAAGAGACGACUGCAAACAUUAUGUGCUGGGAGUGCUUGCAAGGUGGAAGGAACUGCUCGCCUCCCAUUUAAGAACUCAAAAGAUCUGAAAGUCAAUGGCUGCAAAAGAAGAAAGGAUAAGGUUGAAGCAACAGGGAAAAGUGGAGGAGGGUGGUCUCAGCUUUUGCCAAGGUGAUAAUACUUUGAUUCCUAAGAAUCUAGGAACUGCUUCCAUUGUUUCUGCUGCAACUCUGGGUGUCCUUCUCUAGGAACCUGUUUUCAUGGUUAGAGGGGCUCUGAAGAUGGAGCCCCAAACUAAAAGAACUAUUCAGGGUCUUUGUUUGACUUGCUUUGUUGUGUGUGUGUUUUGAUGUGGGGAGAUUGCGCUUAAACAUUGCUCGGCCUUUUCAAAGAUUUGGUGCAGUACUGUUUGGCUUCUCUCUGUUUUGAUACAGGUGCCGUGCGACUGAUUCAGAGUGGCAGGGUGGAGCUGUACUUCAAUGGGCUGUGGGGCACUAUCUGUGGGGAUGACUGGACAGACUGGGAUGCCAGUGUGGUCUGCAGACAGCUAGGACUCAGGUAGGGAUGUCUCACUGUGGGGAGGCAGCACCUCUUUCUUAUGCUAGAUGCUGGAGACCAUAAUUCCCUUGAUAUUCUUGCAUGCAACCCCAAUCUCCGAGCAGUGCGAGAUUCCAGGGGUUCCAGGCGUUCACCCACGGUUCGUGUUUCCUUUUGGAAUCAGGCACAGUGGCUGUGGUUUCUUUAUGAUAUAUGGUUCAUUUGCACAUAUAUCAACCCUGAACCUGUGAUGAAUGGGUUCACGGCAUUAACGCCUCCAAAAGGUCUUAUUUCUCCCAUAGGCACAUCCUUGGACUCAGACAGAAAUCAAUCAUUGCUCUAAAACAUUGCUCUGACUCUCUUUCCAGCUUGCUGCUUUUGUCUAGGUCACAUCACUGCAACUCAGCUCUAACUCUCUCUUUGUCCUUCUAACUAACCAUGAGUUGAGGGAGGGACCCCGUCCAUUUGCCAUCUCACACUGAACCCCUUCCCUUUUGAAAUAUACUCAGAGUCGCAAAGUGAUUUCAUGCUCUUUAUUCAGCUCAUAGUGGUGAGGAGGAAUGAAUGAAAGUCCCCUCAAAGUAUCUGCUUUAUAUACAUUAUUUACACAAUGGGCUGCACAUGAUUGGCUAAUUCUGGAAUUCUACUGUAAGCCAAUCAGGUUGUGGAUUCACUUAUAUCUGGAGCAUGAUUGGGUGGUUCCUGCCAACCAAUCAUACUGUUGCAUUGUUCUAGGACCAGACUGCUGCAAUUUGGAUCCUAUUGUUCUAGGACCAAUCAGACUGCUGCAGUUUGGAUCCUAUUCAACUCAGUACAUAACACCUUUGUUUCCCUUAAUGGCCCGUCACCCAGGUGAUCACCUCAAACAGGAAGCUAGCCUGGCUGAUAUUUUAACACUUGAUGGAUCCAGAGGUUAGAAGGGUCUCUGCAUACAAUCUACUUCCUCCCUGCCCCAACCCCGAAAAACUCAUAACAAUAUUAUUGAAAACAUACAUUUUACUCAUUCCUAAACAGACAAAGAGACAAAGGCAGUCUAAAUAUAUUAAUUUUCCACAACCCCAAUGUGAGGAAAACCUGACCUGAGUUCGAAUCUGCUUCAAGGAUAAAGGGGCCACCGAUGAAUAGGGCAAAUAUGGCAAACCAAUCACAACUGGACAAAGAGAGAGAGAGAGCUUCUGCCUCCCUAGAGUGGAAUAACAUUUCCUCCAUAGGUGGUCUUAGGUAGUCUUCAUUUAAAUAAAGAGAGGUUCAUAAAACUUGUAGCACUUUUCCCAAUUGGGCUGGAGCAACUGAAUGAUCCUCUGAAACUCUCUUGUCUAUACGUAUCUCAUCUCUUCUGUAACAAUGCAGUUCAGUUCCAUAUGGGAGAAUUUGCAACUUUUUCUUAAGUCAACAAUGAAAAACUGGAUUGCUUAUAGUAUGUAAGAAGAAAAUGUUGUCUCUAAAAAUGGGACUUAAUUUGUACAUACACACCACUGUAGCACCGGCACCCAAAUCAGCAACAUGCACAACUGUUUUUACCUAUUUUAUCUGGCCAGUAAAAAAAAAAUCCACAGAAUCCAAGCAUAUCACGAAGAACCCUUUUCCAUAGACACCCAGCUUCUAGGUUCAAAACUGGUUUCUUUUUAAUGGAGGAAUGUUCAGGCAUGUGAUAGCCCUCCUGGUUUUUACCACAGGACCAGAACAGUGUUAUGGUAUUUUGUUGUUAUUAUUACUAUGACUUUUAAUCUCCAUUGGACUUAUUGCAUGCUCUACUUUCCGGCUUAGCGAAAUUGGCACAGCCCAAAGGGAGAGUUAUUCUGGUUUGGGUCCAAUACCCUUCCACCUGCAGUCCGCAAACUGCCGUGGGGAUGAGAAGAUGUUGUUGCAAUGUAGCUACCAAGAGAUGUUCAGAACCUGCAAGCACGGAAAUGCUGUGGCCAAAUGUGCCCCACCGCAAGGUAAGCCAGAGAAUUAAUUUAAUGUUGUUUACUAAAAGUAAAAGCACACCCAAAAGACCAUUCCAGCCCUUUUAGCAAAAUGGCAAGCAACAAACCAUCAUUCUUAACGGUGCUGAAAAAGGCACGACACAGGUAUUUUUGCCCAGGAUGCACACGUGAACACAACUUGCGUAUUUCAUUGCCUAAUUGUUGUCUCUGGUCAAAGAAGAUUUUGAAGCAUUAUGAAAACCUGCAGACUCCAUAUACAGUGGUACCUCAGGUUAUGAACUUAAUUCAUUCUGGAGGUCCGUUCUUAACUGGCAACAGUUCUUAACCUGAGGCGUGCAUUCGCUAAUGGGGCCUCCCACUGCCGCCGCGCUGCUUUCGCAUGACUUCCGCCUGCAAAGUUCGCUACCAGGAGCAUCUACUUCCGGGUUAGUGGAGCUCAUAACCUGAGGACGGUACGUAACCCGAGAGACCACUGUACUAGAACCAACAGUAGGCUGAUGCUGUGCACUCCCAUUGCUGGUGUUUGAAACCAUGUACACUUGAUCCCUAUAGAUCCUUUAGUUUCUUGAGGAAUAUUCUUGUUUUCUCUGAUUAUGGGUUUGCCCCCUUUCUCUUUUGUUACAGCAGUAGAAACAUUAGGAGUAUAACCCCUGAAGCAACGAUGUUUCGUUGAACAAAAAAAAUAAAAAUAAAAGGUUUUACUGUUAUUGCUAAAUGACUGUUGUCCUUUGCUACGAGGAGUCAGUUUUUAUUUUACUUUCCAUGUUCUUUCUUUCUUUCUUUCUUUCUUUCUUUCUUUCUUUCUUUCUUUCUUUUUGUCUCUCCCUUCCUGAAGAGCAGGUGUAGGAUCUCCGCUUCGCCUGGUGGGGGGCAAAAAGAGCUUUGAGGGUCGAGUGGAAGUCUAUCAUGGUGGCCUUUGGGGCACCAUUUGUGACGACCAGUGGGAUGACAAAGAUGCUGAGGUGAUUUGCAGACAGCUGGGCUUCAGGUAAUCUGUCAAUGCCUCUACUUUAUGUGGGGACAUUUAUGAACGCAAAGCUGCCAUACUGGAUCACAUUUCUUGUGUGAUGAUGAAGUAACUCUGUGGGUCCUCACGGUGUGCAAUGUUUGUCUCCCUCCAAGCGGAUCCCCAAAGGCCGUGUCUUGGGCUCAAUUUGGACAGGGCUUGGGCCCAAUCCUGCUGGAUGAAGUGGAGUGCUCAGGCAAUGAGCUUUCAUUGGACCAGUGCAAGAAAAGUAGCUGGGAAGAACACAACUGUGACCACAUUGAAGAUGCAGGGGUAAUUUGUGACCCCUUUGCAGGUAUGGAUGCCUCUGACACUUCUGCAGAGAACAUGCGGCUUGUUGGAGGCAGACCCUCAUGAACCCUUUUUCUCAUUGAGAUGGCAAAUAUUUGGCUGCAUUGUACCGCUUCUGAGUGCUGGUGGGGACUCCCAGAUUCUCUGUGAGUCUAAAACUAGUAAACAAAGGAGACUAGACUAGCCUCCUCCCUGUUUUCUAUAUGCAGUAAUCUGUUUAUUUUGUAGGGGGAUGACUUCGUUUAGAUAAGCUCCCACCUGCAGUCUAAAGUGGUUCAGCUCAGGCACAGGUUUCCUACCUCAGUGAUUUUGUCCCCAAAUGCUGCUGUCUGCUCCCUUCACUAUUCCAUGAUUCCUUAUAGCAGUAUAUACACAGGAGCUUCUGUGCUAAACGCAGAGGGGGAGUAAUGGAAAGCUGCUAUAAGAAGAAGUUGGGGAGGACUUGGAUGAUGUAAUGAAGGCAGGCUUGUUAUCUCCUUCCCAGUUUCUGGCUGAAGCCUUUAGGGAAAACAUGAAUGAAAUGAUAUGGGGGGGGGCAUUGUUUUUGUCUGUUAUUAUGCUAUGUAUUUUUAUAUUGUACACUGCCCCACAAUCUUCAGAGGUAUAGAUAAUAAAUAAAAAUAUACUUCCAGCCUCUUUUGUGCAACUAGGGAGGUUAGAAACAUGAUAAUAUGAAAAGGAAUGAAGUGGAGAUUCUGAGAUUUGAUUUCAGUGCUGACUUUUCUCUUCAAAUGCAAAAAAAACCCCAAAACUAUCUGAGGCAGCACAUUGCUGGUGUUUUCCAACUUAUUUAUUAUCAUAUUAUAUUUGUGCAUUUAAUUUUCAUUUGUUUAAGUGCGUGCAUGAAACACAAGCUUAACUUGGUCUCAUUAAAAUAAACAGCAUUUAAAAGUGUUUGACUUGGGCUUGACAUUGUAGCUGCUGUGUUUUAAUAUAAAGUCAUUGUCAUGGUUUGGAGUAAUGAGGACCUCCUGGCUUUGCUCUACAGCAGAAGGCUAUAGGGCAGGCAUCCCCAAAUUCGGCCCUCCAGCUGUUUUGGGACUACAACUCCCAUCAUCCCUAGCUAACAGGACCAGUGAUCAGGGAUGAUGGGAAUUGUCCCAAAACAGCUAGAGGGCCAAGUUUGAGGGUGCCUGCUAUAAGGCAUCUAAGCUGUCACUCUCGAAAGAUUUAUUGCCCAGAGACACUUCUGGAAGAUAAUUGGGAGUGUUCACCUCUUGGACUGUGUGUAGUAUUCAGGAUCAUAGGAUGGGAGGGAAGGAAUCUUCCUGCUUAAUCACUUGCCUAUCCUUCUCUCACUCAUGCUAGCAGAAGGUACUAUUCGACUGGCAGGAGGCCACAAGCCGAAUGAAGGAAGGGUGGAGGUAUACCACAAUGGAAGCUGGGGAUGCGUGUGUGAUGACGGCUGGACAGGUAUUAAUGCCCAGGUGGCUUGCAGACAGCUUGGCUUCAGGUAAAUGCAAGUCUAAAUAAUAUUCUGUCUUUUCUUUUCUUUUCUUUUCUUUUCUUUUCUUUUCUUUUCUUUUCUUUUCAUUUCAUUUCAUUUCUUUUCUUUUCAAAGGGGUUUUAGAUUAGCCAGCUGUGUGGGUCAAUUAUGACAAACUAGUUAGCAGAUCCCAUGGUUUGCAAACUCACUUCAAACCACAGUUUCUGAUUCUGGCUUGCUGGCUGGCAAGGAGCCAGGGUUUGUCGUCUUAGUCACUGCACCAAACCAUAGUUAAUCUUCCUCAACUAUGACUAGUUGCAGUGUCUGAAUCAAGACAAAACCUUGCAUAUAAAAACUGACUUCACAAUUGGAGAGCAACACACAACUCCUGAUGAUACUUUUGUGUAUUGCCCUUAGUAAGAAGGGAAGAUCUUGAAGAGUGUGGAAGUGGUGCAGAUUUUCUGUUUUAUACAAAUGUUUAAAUAUGUUAAAUCUCCAAAAGAAACAAUAGCUCACAAAAAAUAUUUUUUUUACAAAAUGUGCACAAUCCUAUGUAUGAUUAAUAUUAGGUUUUUUGCUAUUAUUAUAAUACCAUGAACAUACCCAGAAUGACAUAAGCAAAAAAGGCAAGUCGGUAUACAUACAGGGCAUAGAAUCCAGAUUUUAGCUGUGAGGGUGAAACAGAGAAAAAUGAGAGAAGGGAAAGCUAAAAAUAUCAAAGGAUCCUGCCUUUAGUCCUUGUAAAACACACUGUUUUGUUAGAGUUAAAUGAGAAACAAGGGAAUUAUUUAUUCCUACACCCUCCCUUACAUACAUACAUACAUACAUACAUAAUUGUAUGUCGCCUUUGCACAGUUCAAGCCAUGCUCAAGGUAGUUUACAACAUGAAAAAAAAUAUGUAACUGCAACAUAAAAAGUAGUCAUAAACAAUAAAUAAAUAAAACAUAAAAAAUACGCCACCAAUUUCCACAUAAAUCACAACAAGAUCUAUAAUAAAGGUACAAAAACCAACAGCAACCCCUACCCACAACAAACCCUCCAAACAAUGCCACAGCCCAAGAGUCUGUUCAGCAGCCUCAGCUUUUGUAGCUGGAGUCAGUCCUGGCCCUGCCCUUCCAGACCAGGCGGGGAAAGGCCUGCAAGGCAGAGAGCAGGCCUUCCAGGAUUUCCAGUGCUUUCUGAGUACACUGUCAAGUAUCUGCAGGGCCCUGUAAGAAAGUAUAGCUACAGGACCUUCCUUUGCAUUGAUGGGUUCAAAGGGAUAUUGAGCCCUUGCUGGUUAAGACAGAUGUUCUGCACAGGAAUCCCUUGAGGAAAAGAUCUGCUAUCAACAUGUUUGCUUGCUUCCUCCAGUGGCCCCGCACAGCUGGCAGCAGAGGGGGAAUUUGCUUCUGGACAAGGCUUCAUCUUACUGGAUGAUGUAGCUUGCACAGGCAGUGAGCUGUCGCUCUUUGACUGCCCGCACAGCAACUGGGGGCAGCACGACUGCUCACACGAAGAGGACGUGGGUGUCCACUGCUCCCCCGAUAGCAACAGGAUCACCGAAGAGGCUACAGGUAACUAGCUAUGGAUUCUCCAGGGCAGUGAGAGCUUGGUGCUGACGCAACUUUGUGCAGCACAUUCCCUCGCUGGGAAAUCCACUUGGAUUCUGGGCUGUAGAGCUCAAAGUAGUUGGCCUUCUUUUAUCCAUUUACUUCAGGCCAAGUGGACAUGAUAGGGGUUUGUUUGUGUGUGCACCUACCUUGUUCACACAUCAGAGGGGCAGGAUUUAAUUUUUACAUUAAAAGGGGUACACACGCGAGGGACACUGAAGCCUCCUCUCCAUUGGUAGAGGUACUUUUCUUGGAUCCUGGCUCUAAUCGCAGCUGGUCUGUGAGGAAAGUGAGAGAACAGGAGGGAGGUAAUAUGGCAGGUGGCAAGACUCGGUUUGUUUCUUUCACAUCCUCAUUUCGAUGUUAAGAAUUAGGUGCACACCCACCCACUCCAUCCCACAUGUGAACAGGACAAGUGAAAGCGUCGCAUCUUGUUUGGCUCCUAGAGAGUGUACCUGGACCUGUUCUUGCUGUUAGUUUCCCUUUAGCUGUAGUUGGCGCUGUGGGUUAAACCACAGAGCCUAGGACUUGCCAAUCAGAAGGUCGGUGGUUCGAAUCCCCGCGACAGGGUGAGUUCCUGUUGCUCGGUCCCUGCUCCUGCCAACCUAGCAGUUCAAAAGCACGUCAAAGUGCAAGUAGAUAAAUAGGUACCACUCUGGCAGGAAGGUAAACGGCGUUUCCGUGCACUGCUGUGGUUCGCCAGAAGCGGCUUAGUCAUGCUGGCCACAUGACCCAGAAGCUGUACGCCAGCUCCCUCGGCCAAUAAAGCGAGAUGAGCGCCGCAACCCCAGAGUCGGUCACGACUGGACCUAAUGGUCAGGGGUCCCUUUACCUUUACCUUUAAUCCCAUCAGACAAAUGAGCUGAGGAGUGAAUUAGUACAGUCAUACCUUGGAUCCCGAACACCUUGGUACUUGGACAUUUUGGCUCCCAAAUGCUGCAAACGUGGAAGUGAGUGUUCCGUUUUGUGAAUGUUCUUUGGAAGCAGAACGUCCGACGUGGCUUCUGAUUGAAUCUGAAGCUGUGCUUUGGUUUCUGAACAUUUUGGAAGUCCAACGGACUUCCGGAACGAUUUCCGUUCAGCUUCCAAGGUACAACUAUACUUCAGAAGAAUGGAUGUCAGUUAGCCUUUUCUAAUCAAGUGUGAUCGCAUCCACACCAUACAUUUAAAGUGCUCUUACGCCACUUCAUGCCAAGAAUACUUGACACUAUAGUUUAUUCCUCAUAGAGCUACAACUCCCAGCACCCUUAACAAAUUACAGUUCCCAGGAUUCUUUGAGGAAGCCAUGUGCUUUAAAUGAAUGGCAUGGAUGUGACCUGUGUAUUGUUUCCUUCUCCUUCAUUUUAUCUAUUUCACUUCCUUGAUUUCAGGCCAGGUUAUUUAAGUUCCACAACAAAUGGAGCUUCUUCGUUCCCAAACACGUUCUUCCUUUCUGUCUGUAUCUCUCUCCCCUCCCCCUUUUUAAUUAAGCCGAUCUUAUUUACAAGAAGAGCUUGCCUCCAUACUAACUCUGGGUGGGAUGUGUUAGUCCUGCCACUUACUCUGAUCUAAAGCUAAAGAUCAGGUUUUCCCUGGAAAAGGAGCAGGGGAAAACCGCUUGGACCCAUGGCCUUUCUAGAAAUGGGACAAGCAGAAGUGUGGAUGAACUCUUCGUUUUAUGUUGGUUUCAAUGUAUGUGUUGCCUUUUGUAAGUCACUUCAAGUUACUUUUACUUAAAAGGGGACUAAUAAGUUCAAUAAAUUAUAAUAAACAACAACAGCUCUACUGUAUUGCACUAUUCAGUUGUCUUCUUUCUUUAGUGUGUUCUAAACAGUGCCCUUUUUAACAUGCAGGGAUCCCUGUGCGGCUGGUGGAUGGGAACGGCACCAAAGAGGGGCGUGUCGAGGUUUUCUUGAAUGGACAGUGGGGCAGUGUCUGUGACCAUGGCUGGACAGAUAGAGAUGCAGCUGUAGUUUGCAAGCAGAUGGGUUACAGGUAAUUGAUUCACAAUGUAUUGUUUAAGGUUGGAGGGUAGAAUAUUCAAAGUCCAUGGUCAACGGCUAGUUUUGCCUGAUGAAGCUUUUAGAAGGGUGAAGCCUCCUAUGCCCCCCCCAAUCCACAGGUGCUUAUUCAUAGCCCUCUUUUGCCUCUUGGGACUUUCAAGGGAGCUCUGUUCCCUCAUUCCUCAAGGGGUCUUUUCCAGCUCUCUCCAUUUUGCAGUGGAAACAGCUUUGGUUUAAUCUGCAAAUGCAGUUUGUGGAUUCUGUGCUGUUUGUCUGUCUGUAUUGCUGAAGCGCUCUUUCUUGCAGCUUCUUUGUGCUGAUUCUUCUCAGGCUAUGUGAGGAUUGAUCAAUGCAGGCAUGGGGAACCUGCAGCUCUCCCAGUGUUGUUGGACCGAAACUCCAGUCGUCCCUUAGUCAUUGGUUCUGUCAAUUGGGGCUUAGGGGAGCUGGAUCCAACAACAUUUGUAGGGCCACUGGUUAUUUUGUUUAUUUUUAAAUUAAAUUUAUAUCCUGCCCUUCAUCCAAGGAUCACAGGGCUAUUUACAGCAAUUUACACAAUUUACAGCAAUUUACACAAACAUACACAACAAAGUGGCACGCGGGUGGCACUGUGGGUUAAACCACAGAGCCUAGGACUUGCCGAUCAGAAGGUCGGCGGUUCGAAUCCCCGCAACGGGGUGAGCUCCCGUUGCUCGGGCCCUGCUCCUGCCAACCUAGCAGUUUGAAAGCACGUCAAAGUGCAAGUAGAUAAAUAGGUACCACUCCGGUGGGAAGGUAAACGGUGUUUCCGUGUGCUGCUCUGGUUCGCCAGAAGUGGCUUAGUCAUGCUGGCCACAGGACCCGGAAGCUGUACACAGGCUCCCUUGGCCAAUAAAGCGAUAUGAGUGCCGCAACCCCAGAGUCGGUCACGACUGGACCUAAUGGUCAGGGAUCCCUUUACCUUUUUACACAACAUAGUAACCAACCAAAUAAUACUCCCCUCCCCAAUUCAAAAGGACAUAGAUUGUUUAAUUAGCUGUCCAUGUCCUUGAAAUGGCCUGAUCUUAAUGGUACCUCAGUGUGUUGAAGUAUUUGAGUUUGGCAUGCAUUGCUUAUGAUCUCCCUGCUCCGAGGGAGUCCUUCCUUGAGUUUUGGCUUGGUGCGGUUUGCUUCCUACCAGUGGGUGACAUACUGUGACCUGGAUUCUUAGGGGACAAGGGAGUCCAUAAUCUGAUGGCGAUUGAUUUUCGGAGGGGCUUUUCUAAGCACAGAAGCUUGUUUUCCAUGGUGUUCCAGUCAACUGAUUCCCUCCUUGCAGUGGUAUUGCAAAAGCUAAGUCCAUGGCUUACCUUGCUGAAGGACACGCACCCAUCCAUCUGGACAAGGUGGAGUGCAGUGGCACUGAGCACACCCUGGGGGAAUGCGUCACCCGCAAGAGCAACAUUCACAGCUGUUGGAAAGAUGCCGGAGUGAUCUGUGACUACAUAGAGGAGGAGGAGGAGAACCAGGCAAACACAAAUGCAGGUGUGUGGCAUAUUAACCGUACCCUUCUCUCUCCGUGGCAUUUUCAAUAGUUGUGUGUAGACUUUAGCAUGAAGUUUAGCUUCUAGAGAAUCAUGGCUUUCAUUAGACAAAGAGCAGCUUUGCAUUACAGCAAAUGGCAACUGCAAAAGCAAAUAGCAAGUUGUGGGAGCUAUUCCCCCCACCCUGACAAACAAAAUGGGAAGAAAGGGUGAAAAAACACCCCAACAAACUCUCAGUGACCCUUGGCCCUGAUCCCACCCCCUAAAACACACACACACACACACACACGAGGCAAUAUGCACCAAGUUAACCCCGAUGAACAGGGUUAUUUGUGACAUCCACACUCUUGUCUUUUAUUCAGGCCCCUAGUCCCUGCCUCCAAAGCAGGCCCCUACGUUAGAUUCCCCAAACCCCACCCUUCCUCAAUCCCACUUAAUUGUUUUGCAGUGUGCGAAUUACCCAAUGGACAGAUCAGUCCUAAUGCUCCCUGACACUCUUGUUUCAGAACCUACCGCUGGCAAUAGCUUGUUGACUUCUUGGUAAGGCCCCAGAAUAAGGCUUCCCACUCCCAACCAUGGUACUUCCCUCUGCUGACCAUGUUGCUGCAACCUAGCAUUGUCACCACCGCCAUCAACAUUUGCUAUUAAAAGUAUGUCCUUAAAAGGAAGAUUAUGCCAUGAUACAUUUGUUAGUGUUUUAAGGAGUUUUAAGGGUUGUUGUCAACUUAAGGCUGAUACCGCCUCCAACUACAACAUCAAGUAUCUCAGCACCAUGAGUUUCCAUGACCUUUAUGCCUGCCUAGGGCUGCAACUGAUUUUUAGAUCGAAUUUGCAAAAAGUGUGCGUAACAUGCAUGUUUUAUUUUGUCCGAAACAAUUAUUUUCUCCGGUGCUUUGUUUUUAUGGGUGGGGAAAUGCUUCACCAGACUCUUCUUGUUUUCAUUUUUAGUUUUCAGUAUUGACCAUUAACAUUCAUGAUGGCUUGUAAGCAUUUCCCCUGGUUUUAAUCUAUUGAAAUCUUCAUGCAAGAUAGUGGUGCAAGAGAAGGGAAAAGUUGUCUUUUAAUUAAAGUGGUAUUAUCUUUUCAAAAUCUUUAUACAAGGGCAAAAUGUUCAUUAACGGAGUACCGGCAGAUUGUGUUGAAGGGCUAUGAUGUGAGGCUAUGUGUUUAAAUCACUUUGGCUUUAUUGGCAGGUUCAAUAUUCGGCAUGUGUGGACGGCGCUUGCUUCACCAUCGCAAAAAAAGGAUAAUUGGUGGAAACAAAUCUCUCAGGUACCUCACUUGCAACUUGUAAUAAUAAUAAUAAUAAUAAGGAUGUUGCUAGAUGGAGAAUGCAAUACUGUGCUAUAUGGACCAACGGUCUGAGCUGGUAUAAACCAGCCUCUUAUAUUCCUAGCCCAGUUGUUCUGUUGCAUGAUAGAAAAAUGGAUUAAUUUGGGUGUAUUUCAUAGUUCCUCAUGAGGUUUGCAUGAAUUACCCAGAGCGAAAGAUUAACACUGCUCCCAAAUAGUGUUUAGGAUUAUUUCUAAUCCCUUCUAAUCAUUUGGUCAAAGGGUGAGAUUCCUGAUAGUCAAGCAAUACACGGGCAAAUUUAAGAGCGGGGUUUGUGCUCUGUUUUGGUCUUUUGCAAUUGCUGGUGAAAAUGCAGUUAACUAGGCAGGACUCAUUUGGAAUUCUAUUCUUGCUCACUCCAAUGCUGUUCAAUGAAGCCUGUAGUUGAUCCAGCUCUGUCUUGAUUGUUGGGCAAGCGCCCUUUUGUAUUGCUCACUUCUGCUGUCUUCAGGAUGGGACAUAUGCAGGGCCGGCUUUACCAUUAGGCAGAGUAAGGUGGCCGCCUCAGGCGGCACUUUGUAGAGGACCAUGUCACCUGACCCUGCACUGUGUACUCCCUGAGCUAGCCUCUGCUGCUCCAGGUGCAUUGGAGGACUGUACCACCAGACGUGAAGUACAAGUCAGCUGCUGGGCUACUUAUUGUUCUCUGCACAUCUGUGGACAUGGAAAGAGCUUCUAUGUAAGAGGGCCCAAGUAUGGUUUCCAGACAAUAUUUACUCCAUAUACAUUUUACAGUGGUACCUCGGGUUACAUACGCUUCAGGUUACAUACUCCGCUAACCCAGAAAUAGUGCUUCAGGUUAAGAACUUUGCUUCAGGAUGAGAACAGAAAUUGUGCUCUGGCGGCGCAACAGCAGCAGGAGGCCCCAUUAGCUAAAGUGGUGCUUCAGGUUAAGAACAGUUUCAGGUUAAGUACGGAUCUCUGGAACGAAUUAAGUACUUAACCCGAGGUACCACUGUAUUUAGAAAUUAAGCCGUACCACAUGACAUAAGUUUUUGAAAUAAUGUAUAAGUGAUUUAAACUGCAAAAAGGAGCAAAAGGAGCAAAAGGAGCAAAAAUGGCCCAAAAAGAACAGGAAAACUGCAAAAAUGGCAUGAAAAGAGCAGGAAAACAGCUAGCGGUCCUAGGAGUCUUUGCUGCUGCAAUCCCAGGAGCCUUUGCACCGAUCUUCAAGGCCUGUGAAGAGUUGGGGUUUGAGAAAAGAGGUUUGGAGGGAGCGAUUGUAGUUGGGCGGAUUUUUGGCAGAGUUCGGCUUUUUAGCUGCUGUUCCUCACUAUAAACAAUUUCAUGUAUACACGCGCUAUCCAGGAACGUAACCCCUGCGUAAUAUGCCUGCAUUCAUCCUUUGCCGAAAAAACUAAACAGACAACAACAGUUUCCCUACACACCUUCCACUGAGUUCUUGCAUCAAUCAAAAGCUCCAGUGCUGAACUAACAAAUAACUAACCAGUAAUCAUGUAUAGAGAAAUGGGUCCACUAAAUGAAAACAACCCAGUAGCAGCAGGAAAAAGAAGAAUCACCCAUUGCCUCCCUGCCUGGGGCAAUACAGACGCCCUCUCCUUUUCACCUAGGGUUAAACCCCUUCCUCACCAAAAGACUUGCGCCUUGACUGGUUAAAAGAUCUAUGCACGCUCACAGGCAUUCUGACAUAUGUAAGUGCCAGGAAAUGUUCUGAUUGGGACUAUUUGUCCGUCCUGAGUUCCAUCUGCCUCAGAUGUGUCUAUCUGGGCUCCUGCUUGCUGUGCCACAGCUGUCUGUACUGGGGUUGCGUUUGUGGCUGCUGACGCAUUGUGCUUUGUAUGCAUGGUGUGUAGGGUGAUGUCAUUGGGUCGUUUGGGCAUUGCUGUGCAUUGAUCGGCUCCUUUCAUGCAUGGCUAAUGUGACAGCAGGGAUGCACAACGCAGUGGUCGGUGGGUGGCAUCAGAAUUGCCAAGGACACCGAGGGAAUGUCUGCCAGUGUUUCUAUGUUGACUCUCCUUUAAAGCAGGUUUUAUCUUGUUGUCUACUUUGUCGCUUAAGAUUGUGGCUACGUUAUGCCAAUGUUGUGCCAUUGUUUGCAGCCACUGGUGUAGCAAUACCAUACGACUACACUGCCCAGCUGCAGUUCUAAGCACCCUUACUAGAAAGUAAAUGGAACUGAAUUCAGUGGAAUUUAAAGGUUAAGGGACCCCUGACCGUUAGGUCCAGCCGCGGACAACUCUGAGGUUGCUGCGCUCAUCUCGCUUUACUGGCCGAGGGAGCUGGCAUACAGGUCAUGUGUCCAGCAUAACUAAGCCGGCAUACAGCUCAUGUGUCCAGCAUAACUAAGCCACUUCUGGCGAACCAGAGCAGCGCACGGAAAUGCCGUUUACCUUCCCGCCAGAGUGGUACCUAUUUAACUACUUGCACUUUGACGUGCUUUCAGACUGCUAGGUUGGCAGGAACUGGAACCAAGCAAUCGGAGCUCACCCCGUCGCGGGGAUUCGAACCGCCAACCUUCUGAUCGGCAAGCCCUAGUAAGAAAUAGUAUCAUGUAUAUACUUCUUUGGAACUGAAUGGUACUCUCUUCUCAGAAAUAAGUUGACUUAGGCAGGAAAAUGCUUGGCCAAUCUAGGUAAUUGCUCCUUCGUGUCCUUUCCCACAGAGCAGAGUCUAUUCAGUAAUGUUAUACUAGGGAGCUUGGGACAAUGACAGGAAGAUGGUUCAAAUGCAAGUGAUGGGAAACUCAAGCCAAAUACAAGUGAGAUCUUGCAUUUGAGCCUGUACUGUGUCAAUGAUGGUGAUGACAAAAACAUAAACCCUUUUCUGCCAGUUUUGCAUUUAUGCAGUGCCACCCAGUGGAGUUACUCUGAGUGGUUUGGGGCUUUCUUUAUCUAGGCCCAGAGCCUGGUUUUAAGAAGCCAAAAUUGGCACAUUGUUUUUGCGGUGUGUUUUGAGAAUUAAAAAUAUAUAUGCUGGCAUCCAUCAUGAUUUGGAUGCUUUGGACAGACUCCAGCCGUAAUUUAUUGAAUGAAUUUCAUUACUGAGGACUAAGGUUAUAACAGAAAAGUUGCUUGUAGGAAUGCGAUAUAUUGCCUAUUUGCUUGCUCUGUGCACCUCUUGGCUCAUAAGACUGGGAAGAAGUGGGAUGGCUUACUGAGCCCAGUAGGCGUUUAAUGCCUUGUUAUGAAAGGAGGCAGUUUUGAAACCACUCUGAAAGCAAUGGUCUCGGAACUCUGAUUAUUUUUCCAAGUGUCAUCAGGUUGGAUUUGGGGGCAAGGUGCUUGCAUACCUCUAGGCAUUCUUAGAUUCCUUUAUCUAGACCCAUUUUGAUCCAGAUUUGGUACUGAAACUGCCUUGGCUGUCCUGUUGGAUGACCUGCCCCCAGUCUCCUCUGCCAGUGCUGUGGCAGGACCUAAGCAGGUGCAUUCUCUUUGCAUCCUCUUAUUGCCUUUUUCAUGAGCCUUCAGUUGAAUACCCUUAGCGAUGACCUCUUGCUGUCUGUACUUGUACAGCAACAAACACCAAUGAGCUCAUUUCAGUCAUGAUAUUUAUGCUGGUGACGCUCACUUUACUCUAGAAGGUUGUGCCACUAGCUAACUGAGUUUCUUUAAGAAAAAACGCAAAUCAAUGAAGCAUGGAGCAUCCUUCACAUAACCCUUCCUUCUGUUCUUAUUUCAUCUACCUCUGUAUUUUUCACGUUGCCUCCCAUUUCUCUUUCAGAGGAGGCUGGCCUUGGCAGGUCUCGCUACGUCUAAAGGGGUUUCACAGAGAUGCUCGUCUGCUGUGUGGAGCGACUCUUAUCAGCAACUGCUGGGUGCUGACGGCAGCACAUUGCUUCAAAAGGUAACAGGCUGUUUGCAAGUAAAAGAGUCCUUAAAGUGCAGAAGUGCAAAACACGAUUGCCAUUCUGCCCCCGACUCAAAACCGUCAACCUAUGGCCCUCACCUAAAAUACCUACCUAAGUAAAGAGAGCCCACAAUUGGCCACCUUUUGUAAACACAAGAGAGUGGCAGUCUUGAGAUGGUGAUCUUGUGUAUUCACAUUAGUGCCAUCAGUUAACAUGAUGCCUUGCAGAAUAUCAUGAACAGAAAAGCUGGGUCUGUGCCCAGGGAGACUGCAAUCUAAAUUUCAAUGCUGAACAAGAAAAGGAGACAAAGGUGAGUCAUCUCUAUGGAUGAGUAAUGGACUGACUGAUCAUUCUCUCAUGGCCAGGUUUGGAGUAGAUGUACGGCGCUACCUGCUGCGUGUGGGAGACCACCACACUGGUGUGAGGGAUGAGUUCGAGAGAGAGCUGCCGGUGGAGAAAAUUGUCCUUCAUAGGAACUACCAGUCUAGCAGCAACGACAAUGACAUUGCUUUAGUCAGAAUUCGGGGCAAAAGCGGCAACUGUCUUUCCUUCAGCCACCAUGUCCUUCCUGUCUGCCUUCCUGAGAGGAAGGAGAAGUCUUCUAUAGAUAGACAGGCCUGCGUCAUAUCUGGCUGGGGAGAUACAGGUAAGUUGUAGAUUGUGUCAGGAUUUUUCACAUGGAAAGAGAUAGUAAUAUUUGGGGUGUCUGUUCUACCCAGCUUUGGAUAAUCUUUUAGGGCGUUCACUAUACAGAGACAAAUUCAGCAUCAAAUUAAAGCACAAAACAAGCUGAUUUGCAGGAAAGACAGUCUUUUUGCCAAAUUCAUUUUAAAUUCUGCUAAAGCAAAGGACUUGGGUAAACACAGUCCGCACUAGCCGUUGGCUGAGAACUCUGGCAAUUAAUUUAAAUACCCUCCCUGCUCAUCUGACAGGGCAUUUAUUGAGAUAUUUGCAAACAUUCCAGUUGUUGGAAGCUUUAAAAACUGCCAACGCAUAAGGCCUGGGAACGGAUGUACCCAUUUGCCACUGUUGGGAAAUAGAGGGACAGGCAACGCCAUCAAAUGUGCUGAUUAGACUGAGCGUAUGCCUACGGUGUCUCUGUAUCAUAGCAGUAUGUGAACUACAUGUGUAAAUACUGAGUGUAUUUGCUAAGUGCUUGGGAAGAUGUUGGAGUGUAUGAAGGAAGAAUGGGCACAGGAAAGGCCGUGCACAGGAAAUGUACCCACAAAUUUAUGCAGGCUUCUGUUUCUGUUUUCAUAGUUGCAAGGUUUAAGAGGGAUAAUCCCAGAUAGGCACUACUGAAUAGGCUGCCAGCUACCCUGGCGUUAUAGAACUCUGCAGAUGAUCACAUAAUACACAUGGAUUAUUCCCAGAUCUCAGUCUGCAUGUCCCCAGAUCACCCUAAUUCUUUUCCUAUGAUCAGCAGCAUGUGGAAAGCAGUGCUCCAGCAACCACUGCAAGAUCACUCUGCUCUACAAGGAUUUGGGCAGUUCACUUUGCAGAAUUAAUGUAUGCCUAGACACAUGAUAGGGACGCGGGUGGCGCUGUGGGUUAAACCAGAGAGUCUAAGACUUGCCGAUCAGAAGGUCGUCAGUUCGAAUUCCUGCGACGGGGUGAGCUCCCGUUGCUCGGUCCCUGCUCCUGCCUACCUAGCAGUUCAAAAGCACGUCAAAGUGCAAGUAGAUAAAUAGGUACUGCUUCGGCGGGAAGGUAAACGGCAUUUCCGUGCGCUGCUCUGAUUCGCCAGAAGUGGCUUAGUCAUGCUGGCCACAUGACCUGGAAGCUGUACGCUGGUUCCCUCGGCCAAUAAAGCGAGAUGAGCACUGCAACCCCAGAGUCGGUCAUGACUGGACCUAAUGGUCAGGGGUCCCUUUACCUUUACCUUUAGACACAUGAUGCUAGUUACAGCUAACCUUUGCGUAUCCUGUCUUGUAAACACAUCCAGCAUUUUGCCAACUUUUUAUUUAAACCAGCUCCCCUGCCCCAUAAAAACACAUUACAGUCAUACCUUGGUUGUCAAACAGAAUCCGUUCCGGAAGUCCGUUCAACUUCUGAAAACAUUCCGCAACCAAGGCACGGCUUGUGAUUGGCUGCAGGAGCUUCCUGCACUCAGUCAGAAGCUGAGGAAGCCCUGUUGGACGUUCUGCUUCCAAAGAAUGUUUGCCAACUAGAACGCUCAAUUCUGGGUUUGCGGCAUUUGGAGCCAAAAUGUUCAAGUUGCAAGCUGUCUGGGAUCCAAGAUACGACUGUAUAAGAAGAUCACAUCAAAAUCCACUUCACAUUGCAUUAGAAUACCAUCCUGGCCUAGGGAAGGAUAUUUUUUUUCUAUGUUAACCUAAUCAAAAUUGUGCUGGAGAACAAUAGUUGUGUUUGGUGGGUAGGAUUUUUGGUUAUCUGAGCUACACUAGAUAUAUAACCUAUUAUUGUUUCAGGGAGGUCAUACUCAAGGACAUUACUCCAGGGCUCGGUGCCCCUACUCCCAAGAAGAGUGUGCAAAUCCCGUUAUGGAAAGAAGUUCACUAA